CAAAACAGAUAUCAGCACUACUCGAUUCUUCUUCAACUUAGGCGUAGAGUACUACCGAAGGGUAUGCAUGAUUCAGCAGCUCCAACACCAGCAGUGCUACCAGUUUCCUGCAUCCGGCCCGAUGCCCCAACAGCAGCAGCAGCAGCCUCCGCAACACGGGACAUCACCAGGCUACACCACCCACAUGAUGCCCCACCCCCCUGGUCUAGGCAUGAGUGCCCCGCCCAUGGGUGCUAAGAACCUGUAUGAUGUAGGGGGCGGAGUGGCGGUGCUCAACCCCGGUGGGUCUGGUGGCGGUGGAGCUGGUGGGCAGGAAGACGAUGAUCAGCAGGAUGGACAAGUCGGAUAUGAUGGUCACGGGAGGAACUUCAACCAGGGUUACAUGUCUGAACCUAUACCUAUCAACAGCUCUGGUAUCUCCCAACCCAGCAGUACUGUGUAUGGUAACAUGUGCAAUGUAGGAGGCGAGGCGUAUGUUCCUGUGGCCUACCAGUCACCAGGCAUGCAGCAUCAAAGCCCUAUUCCAGGCAAUCAGAUGGGGGUUACCUCUACCACUCACAACCCUUACAUGUACUCACAACCGAUAGCCACACCCAUGGGGUACACAGGGGGUAAGAUGCCGCCACACCCUAACCCCCAAUCGGCCUACUCUCCUAACAACCACGUCACUUACGUCCAGAUGGCUUCACCUGCCAUGUCUCACCAGCAGCAACAUCAUCCACCACACCAGCAACAAACCUGCGUGGCCAUGCCGAGCAAUCAAGGCAACGUUGCAGCAUCGAGCAGCGGCCAGUAUUCAACGCACAGCACCUCGGUGGUAAGCAACAGCAGUUGCAGCAGCCAAGAUAGUGGUAUCCUGAGCUGCAGUCCUCCGCAGGUGCCGUAUGCCACAAGUGGCCAGUGAUGAAUCGACCUGCAACAUUGAUAGUAAGCAACAUUGUUGCAACAUGUGAGAUGGAAUACUGAAUAUCAGCAAGUCAUAACCCUUGUCAUCAGAGCUGCACUGUGAGCGGAUAUUACAUCUAUG